AUGGUGUCUGAGAAGAUCCGUCAACUUCAACAGCUUUUAUUUGCAUCCGCGUUCGGCUUCACGGCCGAGUUCAACUUCCACGAUGAUGUCCUUGAAGUGCUGAUGGCGGUCGCAGUGCUGCACUACCACGACAUGUUGAGGCUAGCACCUACAAGUCCCUACAUCAAACGAGUUCAGCAUGGACUGGCCCAGGUUAGUGUCACGGAGUCAGAGCUUGGCAGUUGGUCACUCACCAUUCUGGGCGACCUUCUUCAGCGCAAGAAGAAGCUUGGCGAGCCGGAGGAGAAGCCCCCAGCUGCGCCGACGUCCGACGACUUAGUGAGGAAGCAGACGGAGUUGAUCCAACAGCAACUGCACCUUGUCGAACCAAGUCAAGGCGCUUAA